AUGAAAGAGGAGGUGGCGAGGAGUUUUUGGACCUCAUCGGAGACUGGGUAUUCCUUUUCCAAUUCUUUAGGAAUGUCAGGACGUUUGUUGGUUUUGUGGAAUGAGGGUAAGGUGGAGGUUAUGAAUAGUUUUAAAGGAGAAGGCUUUUUGGGAAUUAAGGUGUUAUGGAAGGGUAAUUUCUAUUAUGUUGUGAAUGUGUAUUCGUCUUGCGAGUUGGCGAAGAAGAGAUCGAUGUGGCAUGAGUUAUUAAAGAUGAAGGAUUCCUUUGUUGAUGGUGAAUGGAUUAUAGGAGGGGACUUUAAUGCGAUUAAAAAUAGGAGGGAGAGGAAAGGGAGAUCGGGAGGGGUGAAUAAUAUCGAAGUUGACUUAUUUGCGGAUUUCAUUAACAAAAGUCUUUUGGUGGAUGUUCCUUGUAAGGGGGAAAAGUUCUCGUGGUAUAGUGGUGAUGGGAAAUCGAUGAGUAGAAUUGAUUGGUUCCUUGUGGCGGAUACGGUUGUGAAUAGAUGGGGGGUGAUUGGUCAAUUGAUUGGCGAAAGGGACAUUUCCGAUCAUUGUCCGAUAUGGCUUGUGGUGGAAAACAUGAAUUGGGGUCCGAAACCAUUUAGAUUCAAUAACCAAUGGUUUUCUUUCGAUUCUUUUUUGCAGUUUGUGGAGAAAGAGUGGAGGAAUAUGAAAGUGAAUGAUAGAGGAGAUUUUGUCCUUAAAGAAAAUCUUAGGCUUUUAAAAGACAAGUUGAGGGUGUGGAAUAAGGAGGUCUUUGGUAGGUUCGAUUUGGAGGAGGAGGAAGGAGUUCGUGAUUUGAAUAUGGCCGACUGUUGUUUGGAGGAGGAUUCCGAUGAUUUUCUUGUUGAUAAUUUAGAAAAAAGAAAGGAAGCGUCUAGUAGGAUAUGA